CUCUCUUGUCUAUCCUUAACAGAUAAUAAACCAAAGGGCAGAAGUGUAAUUAUUCUUCUUCAGGUGUAACUAUAUAUCUCAAGUGUACAGUUCUCCCAAGAAAAUGAAAAUUCAAUGCAGACUUACUCAGUCUGAGGUUUCCAUGGAGGAGCAGAAGAGUAUUGUAGCAGCAAUGAAUCUGGCUGGACAAUUGAAUUGUGAUGAAGAAGGAAAUGAUCAGAAUGGUGAGAGUGAUGACUCCAUGGCUUCAGACGCGUCAUCGGGUCCGGUUCAUCAACAAGACUGUGAUGAAAGCUUGGAGGGAAUCCAUGGAAGGGAGAAACUGGGAAAGUGUGGGGCUGAGAAAGAAACUGUCAAGAAACAUGAAAAGGAAGAAGAAGAAGAAGGAAUUGAGUUAACAAGUAAGAAGAACAGCAGAGUGGGAAGAGGAGAAGAAGAUGCACAGAGGGCAGCUGCAAAGAGUAGUUCUUUUGGCCAAAACAGAUCAUUUCUAAGAAGGAAACAAGUGAAUCAUUAAAGGUCAUCUGAAAUCAAGAAAAGCAAGAACAUGGGUGAAGUUCAUCAGAAAAAAGGCAUGUUUUGGUUAAUACAGCAUGUGAAAAGGUCUCAUUUUUUUUGUGCUUGUGUGAUCAUAUCACCAUUUUUUUUGUGCAGCAUAUGGAAUUUUCAUUUUAUUAAAUUUAUUUAUUUGUUUGAUUGGGGUGGUGUUAGAUAUAAUUAAUACUACAUAUUGGA